AUGAACACACCAACGAAAGUGGGAUCUUCCAUAACGCCGGAACAGUUUCUUAUUCAUCCAUACUAUACGGAGGACUCAGAAAAUAUUAAUCCGGAUGAUUUACUACACUCAAUUUCGGCUGUUCCUUUGGAUUUUGUUGAUGGACAAGUUUCAAAUCAAUCUCCAAUCAUUCGUUGUUCCAUAGACAAAUUCCCAGCUGAUACUAACUCUCCAAGUACACCUCCAAACGAUUGCCAUUAUCUUCAAAUCAGUCUCUUUUUAAUACACCACCGCAGUCAUCGUAUAGAGAUGAUUUAUCUCUUAUGGAAUCAAGGAAGCGGCAAAGAUAUACCAAGUAGUGUAAGUCGCCUCAGGGAAAAACGACGUCGGCUAACUGCAUAUCCAUCGUUUUCACAAUCAACUGCAUCUCCUACCAGCUCCCCAGUCGUUGCAGUACCUAACAAUCGACGUCGAAGAAUGACAACAUUAUGUCCUUCUGUGCACAAUCCAAUCACAAAGUAUUUCAAAAAGAACAACUAA